GCGCCCCCUGGCGGGCGGCGGCGCAGGUGCCGGAGGAGGAGGAGCAGGAGUGCCGGGGGCCGCGGCGAGGCCCUGAGGGCUGCGGGAGUGACCCGGGCCUCGGCCCCUGACCGCAGGCUCACCCCAUGCCAGCUCCCCGUCCGACAGGCAUCUCGGCCCCUGCCCGCGGCCGUGCCGGAGCGCAGCGAGACCCACGCGGCGCGCCCCGACUUGAGCUGGGCUUGGCACUGCCCCGGCGCGAGUGACAGCGCUCCGAGCGGCCUCCCUGGAGGAUGGAAGAGAAAAGAAUGCUGCCCGACUUCUUUGAAGAGGAGAACCUUACCAGUUCCAGGGAGGAGAGCAUUAAAGGUGAUUUGAAAACGUUUUGGACUCAAUUGGGAAGUAGAAGAGUGGAUGUCAUAUUUGAGCAGGUGCAAAAUGUGCUGCUGUUGCUAAAGGAAAAGAUCAAGAAUGGAACUGCCACAAACCAAGAGUGCUGGCAGGCUUGGGCACUGGUGAAUGAAGCUAAUCUAAGUGAUCUCUUAACUUUGACAAACGUAAGUGAUGGGUUUGAUGGAGAUGGAGUACAGGAAACCAAACCCAAAUUGCAGCAUCUUCUUGCAGAUGACAACACUGCAAAUGCUGUAGAAGGUUCUGACAGUAACAAGAAAGAGGAGAUGGAAAGAACAUGGUCAGGGACUAAAAAAGCAUCUAGCGAAAUUCAACACUUACCUUUAAACCUACAGUAUCAGAACCACAAGUGCUCUAGUGCAUGUCUUGCCAAGAGAGCAGCAGGCUCCUACAAGGGUGAAAACCCUCUGAAGAUGCCAAUCCUGUUUCACUUUCAAAGACGGCACGCAAAAGCAGACUGCCUUUCGAAAUCACUGGAUGUGAAUUACAAAGCUCCUUGCGGUCGGAGUCUGAGAAGCUUUCGAGAUGUGCAAAAUUAUUUGUUUGAAACAAAGUGCAAUUUCUUAUUUGUUGAUCACUUUUCCUUCAACACAUAUGUACUGUUGGGCAGGAACACCAUGAAUCCCGAACCCCUUGUGUUUGACUUUGAUAUUAGCAACGGAGCCGAGUCUGUGCCCAUCUCCUUCUGUAACAAUCUUGACCGCGCAAGGUUACCUUAUUUCAAAUAUCGGAAGUCAUCAUGGCCACGUGGAUAUUAUCUCAACAACUUCUCCAGCCUGUUUGUGGAUUCAUGUGACUGCACAGAUGGCUGCAUUGAUAGGUCAAAAUGUGCAUGCCUACAGCUAACUGCAAGAGGCUGUAGUAAAACUUCUCUAUCUUCAGGUAGUAAAAGAUGCCGUGGAUACCGUUACAAAAGACUGGAGGGACCUGUUCCUAGUGGAAUUUACGAGUGCAGUGUGUUAUGCAGGUGCGACAAGUUGAUGUGUCAGAACAGAGUUGUACAGCAUGGCAUUCAAGUCAGGUUGCAGGUGUUCAACACUGAAAAGAAAGGCUGGGGUGUCCGCUGCCUGGAUGAUAUCGACAAGGGGACAUUUGUUUGUACCUACUCAGGCAGAUUAAUGAGCAGAGCUGAAGUAUUGGGAGAUGCUGGUCAAGAGCUGAAAGAAAGGAGUGCUGUGAAUGACAGAAACCAUGGGGUUUUUUCCAGAAAAAGAAAACUUGACACUGAUUGUUCAAAUUCAGUCGUUGAACUAGUGCAGACUGGUAAACAUGACAUUCUUGAGAAUAAGGAAUCUUUGUCUCAAGCUGUGGAUAGUGAAAAUAAAUCAACCCUGGUUCAUCCAGAGAACUCGAGUAUUGCAACCACAAGGCCUGGAAGAACAGGUUUUUUCCACAAUCACCAGCUAAAAAUGGUGCACAGUGGCAGCUCAGAUGAAGAUAAUAGUUCUCAGAUUCAUCAGUCAAGCAAAACAAAACUAAACAGUGGAACAAAGAAAGGAAAAGAAAAAUCCACCGAGGAGCAGAAGGAAGACCAUCCAAUGGAAAUUGGACAGACUGAGUCUGUUGGUGUGGACAGUGCGAGAUGCAAAACAAAGAGUCUGUCACUGCAGGGUGUUGAUUGUGGCAAGUCAGGUGUGCUGGAUGACACAUGUGUUGCGAGGCCAUCCAAUAAUAUACCCCUAAAAGCUGACUGCAAAGAGGAAAAUAGCAGGCAGUCAAGUCAAGAUGCAUUUUGUGAGGAGGCUGAUAGAGAUGGGAUGCCUCCGAAGAAUGCUAGUGAAGAAAAUAUUUAUGUACUGGAUGCCACAAAAGAAGGAAAUGUGGGUCGUUUUCUAAAUCACAGCUGUUGCCCAAAUCUCUUUGCACAAAGCGUGUUUGUAGAGACUCACAACAGAAGUUUUCCAUGGGUGGCAUUCUUCACAAACAGACAUGUGAAAGCUGGAACCGAACUCACGUGGGAUUAUGGCUAUGAAGCUGGAAGCAUGCCAGAGACAGAAAUUUCCUGUCAGUGUGGAGUUCAGAAGUGCAGGAAAAAAAUCUUAUAGGCAAAGCUUCCCUACUGCCAACACACCUUGUACCCUGGGAUUUAUAUGCUGGACAGGACUACUACACAGCGAACAGUGUGCUCAAGUCUGUGGUGCUAAUUGCAUUCAAUUAAAACGCCUUUCACCUGAUGUUUUUUUAAAUUUACAUUUAAAUGUCACUUUUGUAGUUUACAGAAUUAGAAUUCUUUGUCCUAAGAACAGGCAUCAAAUUUUUCCUAGAUAAUUUCUGUGCUCCUGGUCUUCCCCCUCCCCUCUUCUCAUCCACAAGCAAAGUUCACAGUGCACUGGAAGAACUUGUGCUCCGUGCCAUCUGCAGCAGAGACACAACUGAUGAGAGCAAGAGUUUGUUGGUGUUUUCUGUGCCCUCCCACAGUGCUGAGUUAGUAAAACUUGCUUUUCUGAAA